GAAAACCUAGCCAACAAUGUUGUGUAGACGUCCACUUCGCAAUUUUAUAGCGACAGCUGCCAAACACUGGUCGCAACAGAAUGGUGUAGUCACGAGACGAGAUUUAUCAGUCAGUACAAGAUGUAUGAGUGACACAGUUGGGUUCAUAGGAUUGGGAAACAUGGGGAACCACAUGGCAAAAAACUUGAUAAAUAAAGGUCACAAGCUGUUGGUGUUUGAUGUAUCCCAGACUGCCACAGAUGGACUCCGCACAGCAGGUGCUGUUGUGGCUAGUUGUCCAGCAGAAGUUGCAGCUGGGGCAAAAAGUAUUGUCACCAUGUUGCCUGAGUCACAGCAUGUAGAUGCUGUCUAUUGUGGUGAAAAAGGCAUCUUCAGUCAGGUGCAGGAUGGAAGUCUUCUGAUUGAUAGCAGUACCAUAGAUCCAGCCACUUCCCAGGGCAUGGCACUGGCUGCCAAGGGACAUAACUGUGUGUACGUGGACGCUCCUGUAUCAGGAGGGGUGAAUGCUGCCAGAGAUUCUGUUUUGACCUUCAUGGUGGGCAGCCCUGAUGAAUCUUUCGAAAGAGUUAAGGCUUUACUGGACUGUAUGGGUAAAAAUGUUGUCCAUUGUGGAGCAGUUGGAACAGGUCAGGCAGCAAAAAUAUGUAACAACAUGUUGUUAGCAAUUUCCAUGAUUGGAGUGUCGGAGACGAUGAAUCUAGGAACCAGACUUGGUCUGGAUCCUAAGAUGCUUGCCAAGAUUUUGAACAUGAGCUCCGGUCGCUGUUGGUCCUGCGAUACGUACAACCCCUAUCCUGGUGUACUAGAGGGAGUGCCUUCCAGCAACAACUACCAGGGAGGUUUUGGUACCGCACUUAUGGCAAAGGAUUUAGGAUUGGCACAAAGUGCAGCUACAGGGACAAAAUCUGCCAUACCUUUGGGGAGCCUUUCACAUCAGAUUUACAGAACCAUGACUAACAGUGGAUAUGCUAAGAAAGACUUUUCUUCGGCAUUCAAGUUCCUGCAAGGCGAGGAGCAGAGUUGAUACCCAUGCUGAUAAAAUUCAUAUAUAUGGGAUCAUGUCAAGUUAGGACUGUGUGUUAAUUGUUCAACAAAUUAGUUGCUGGCGAUGACUGAUCAAAACAAUCUGUGUGACUUCUGAGCUGUCUGUUACCCUAUAUGCAUAUUGUUCUAUGAGAUUUUAAGGGAAAAUAUUUCAAUGUUUUAAAACUUUUUUAAAAGAUUUUUUGUCAUUGUUCAGUAUUUUCAAGACAAAUGGAUUGGUUUAAUGCCAAAAUUAUAUAGAUAUUGUAUGAAAUUUUCAUAUUUAUGAAUUAUGAAUCAUGUUUAUAAAGACAAAUCAAACUUUCCAGCAUUCGAUAUUUUCACAUAUUUGAAAAUUUUACAAUAGAUAUAUAAUUUUUUCCUUACAUUUAUAAUACAUAUAUAUCGUUCAUACAAAGAGAGAACAGAAUGUUAAAGGGAAAUGAAUGAAUAUUAACCAGUUUGUAAGUGCAGUUUUAUUCUUGUGUGAUUGUAUUCAGACGAUUAAUUGUUUUAUAUGUAAUGUAAGGCGUGUUUUGAUCUAACGACUGUGAUGAUUUGUGAUAUACAUCAGGUGUAUUUUAGCUUUUAACCUAGGUCAGUGUGCAUUUUUUGGGGUCUGAGAAAUAUAAUUCGAAGUUUAUUUGUGCUUAACACAUUCUGAGGCAUUUUUAUAAUUAUGGAUGUGCAUUGAAUUCAAAUUUUGAAACAGUUGUAUUUCAUUACAUUUGUGCAAGUGUUUGAAAAAUACUGUUUGUGUUGCAAUACUUUGGAAAAUGCUCUUUAAGUUAUAGUGCACUUGUUCAUUUUGUGCAGUCUUAUACAUACCUGUGAAAAGAAUUUUUGAAUUGAAUCGUAAAAUGAAUUUUAUGUUAGCUACCGAUAUGUACAAUAUUUAUUAGACAGUAAACAUAUCAUUGUCAAAUAUUGAUGUAGUUUUUGCUCAGUAUAAAAUGUUCAUACAUUCGAUGACUAGUUGAUUUGAUGGAGAUAUGAAAAAACAAAUGGCAACUCUAAAUUACAUAUUGAGAUUUCUGUUUAUGUAUACAACUUUAUUCUCAGGUAUAUAUCUGAAUCUUGAUAGCUUGGAGGUAGUUUCAAGUUUUUGGAUUUAUUUUUCAUGUGUACUGUGAUAUGUAUACAUUACAAAGAUUCUGAUAUUGCUUUCAAGAAGGUGUAAAGAUCCUAUCUAUCUCUGGGUUCUGCAUAAUUUCUAUAAUUUUCUUUCAUCAGAGAUAGAGCUUCAGUUAACAUUCCAAUCCUGUUUUUGCAUUCAAUUGUUUAAUAUUGUCACUGUAUUUAAGUUCACCGAUCUUUAAAGCCUCAACAACCCGGUACUUUUGUUUCCACCUUUACCUGACCACUUAUAUACUUCAGAUAAAGAAAGAUACUUGUCGAAUUCAACAUUGAUUCUGAUACCAUUAGUUAGGAUUUAUUCUGAUUUUUUAAAUAUCUUUGAGCUUUUGUGAAACACUUCAUAUGAUCAAAUUUUUUCAGAUUUACGGACAUAUCUAGUAAAGUUCUUUUCAAAAGUGUUUUUCUGAACAAAGCAAGAACAAAAAGUGACAAUCGUAGCAUGCUUUCCAACCUUUAUUUUCCUCAACAAUUUGUUUGUAUUAAAAUGUUUCAAAGGAGAUAGAAAUAUAAAUGCAUACCUGGUAACUAGUAUUUUAGUAUUAUUUUUAUACCCUCAGUCAUGAACUCAUGGGUUAUACUGGAAUCAGCUCAUCAGUCUGUCCAUUUAUUUGUCUGUAGACAAAAAUUGUCUAUGCAUUCACUCAUUUUUCAAUGGACUUUUUUGUUUGAAAACCUAGGAGUUGUGCCCCCUGAAGUGAAGUGGCCAAAAUUUUCUCCCGCUUUGGAUUCACCAUUUAGUGUUAAGUGCCUGUGCCACAUGGGGUUGUGCCCCCUGGAGUGAUUUUUAUAUCCAUUUACUAAACAGUGUUCAUUUUUAAAUGGAUUUCUCUUCAUUAUUAAUAGUUUACAGAGCAUUAUGGUGUGUAAUAUCUGUUCUGUAGAUUUGCACAUGGUACCUACCUGUACUUUACUGAGCUAUGCCCUUAUAGGUGAAUGGUAAAAUAAAAAUGUGUCCGCUAAUUUUA